AUGCCUCGUUUGGAAGAUUGGGAAAUUAAGAAGUACUGGGAAAUAUUUCAAGGUUUGAAUCCAGUUGAUAAUAAGAUCACUGGGGAUAAAGCUUCAACUGUUCUUAAGAAUUCAAGAUUGAAGGAUGAUCAAUUAUCCCAAAUUUGGGAUCUUUCAGAUAUAGACUCAGAUGGAAAAUUAGACUUCGAAGAGUUUUGUAUUACAAUGAGAUUGAUUUUUGACUUGGUGAAUGGUAAUCAGCAAUCUCUUCCAAGUGAAUUACCAAGUUGGUUAGUACCUGCUUCUAAGGCCCAUUUAAUCCAAGCUAAUCGGGCUGUAACUACUGGAAGUAACAAUUACCACACCAACAAUAAUACCGUAACGGAUGAUUAUGAUGAGGAUGAAACUUUAUCAGACGAUUUUGAUUGGUAUAUUUCUCCUACUGAUAAGUCGAUUUACGAAACUAUUUAUAACUCAAAUAGUGAUUCAUACGGAAGGGUUAAAUUUGAUUCUUUAACAGGAUUGUAUCAAACCCUUGCAAAGGUACCUAGAUCUGAUAUCUCAUCGGCGUGGAACUUGGUCAACCCAAAAUCAUUUGAGGCUAUAGAUAAAGACCAGGUUUUGGUUUUCUUACAUAUUUUGAAUCAGCGGGAGAAUGGAAAAAGAAUUCCAAGGUAUGUACCAGCAUCAUUAAGGGCUACUUUCUCUAAGGAUACUCCAUCAUACGACUUGAAUCAAGCUCCUUCAAGACCAAUUUCCCUGGCACCGUUAAAUAGUAAGAAUUCAUUCGCAAACAGCUAUUUGAAUAAGAUUGGACAAGCUAAUAACGCAACUAAUGAGAAAGGAACUGAUUUUUCAGCUACAGAAGGAACUGAUUGGGAAGAGGUCAGAUUGAGAAAAGAAUUGGCUAAUUUAGAGGAUUUAUUAUCAAAAGCAUCACAAAAGGAUAGUACCUCAAAUAAGAGUGACGACAGCGAACUGGCUAUGAUUAAAUAUGAAUAUGAACAAUUGUUAAAAUAUAAAACGACUGUGUUGUCAGAGCUUGCAGGUAGUUCCAACCGCAACAACUCAAAAGAUUUAAGUGAUGCCAAAAAUGACAUUGAACUUAUUGAGAACCAAGUUACAAUCUUGCAAGAAUUCUUGAACGAGAGGCAAAACGAACUCAAUAAGACUAACGAGGAAAUCAGAGCGUUGAAAACUUAA